CUCUCUCUCUCUCUCUGAAGAAAGAUGAGAAUGAGCUGCAAUGGCUGCCGAGUCCUCCGCAAAGGCUGCAGCGAGAACUGCACCCUGAGACCUUGCCUCCAUUGGAUCAAAUCCCCAGAAUCCCAAGCCAACGCCACUGUCUUCCUCGCUAAAUUCUACGGCCGCGCCGGCCUUAUCAACCUCAUCAAUGCCGGCCCCGAUCACCUCCGUCCCGCGAUUUUUAGGUCUUUGUUGUAUGAGGCAUGUGGGAGGAUAAUCAACCCGAUUUACGGUUCGGUGGGGCUGAUGUGGGCCGGGAACUGGGACCGGUGUCAAGAGGCGGUGGAGGCGGUUCUGAGAGGAUCGGAGAUCAUGCAAGUGAACAUCGAAGACGGCGGCGGCGGCGGCGCCGCCGCCGAGUCACAUCCGAUAAUGCCGUUCAAGGGCUGCGACAUACGUCACCUCUCCAAGGAAUCUGCCGGCGGGGUCCACCGCGUCCGGUCCAGGAACCGGUUCAAGCGGACCGGCACCUCGCACGACAAAGCGGUCGACCACCUCGAGUUCAUGGUGGAGGAGGACGAGCCGCCGGCGAAAUUCAGCAUCACCGGCUGGGGCGGCGGCGGUGGCGGCGGCUGCGAGACGGCGGAGAGUGUCGGAUUGGAACGCGCCCCCAGCCAUGGCUCCUCCUCCCUUGAAACGGUCGAGCCGGUUCUUGCGAACCGGGACCACCCGGUUUCCGGCUCGAUUGCUGAGAUCCGAACCGCGGACCGCGGUUCGGAUGAUGAGCUUCUCCUGGACCUGACGCUAGGGUUUAAUCCGGUGGAGCGCCCCCACCUCUCCACGGUGGAUAAGCAUUCUGUAGGUGACGUGUAAGAAACGGAAACAACAAUCCGUUACGGGGGCUUCUGUUUUUGGAGGGUUUUUCAACUUUAGCAUCUUCAAUUUUUUCUGUUUUUAAUAUUUCUUCAUGUUUUUUUCGGAAAUCCCUAGGUUUUUAAAGUACAUGUCUUGUUUCUAUAGUUAUAUAUAUAUAUAGUGAGAGAAACAGAGAUUUUCAUCCA